AUGACACACAGCUUCACCCUCACUGGUGAAAGGCAGCCUGGAAGACAGGGCGUGAAAAUGGAUACCAGCUCAGAGGAAUACAUGAGAGCCUUUUCAAUAAAGGGACUGAAUCAAGUCAGACCCUCAAGCUUAGUCCCUCAGGCAGUGUUGAGGAAAGAUCAGGCCAGUAAACAAAAGAAGGCAGGUUUGAUCCUGACAGACAUACUGUCUGGCUUGUUUCUACGUGACGUGUUCUGUGAAUUUUUGGGAACCAUUUUUUUCCUCUUCAUCAGCCUCUCUUCUGCCAUGCUGUGGCCACAUGCUGGGUCUCUGUCUGUGGUCUCCAUCCCAGAUGAACCCCUGCCGACGUUGGACUCUUCUCUGGUAUCCACACCAGACCCACUGCACGUUUCUUUGGCUUUUGGAGUAUCAGUGGCUCUGGCUUGUGUCUGUCUGGGUGAGGUGCAUCUCAACCCAGUAAUUACCCUGGCAUUGGUUGCAGGCUUGAAGGUGAGCCCUUGGCGGGGAGUCCUGUUGGUUGGAGUCCAGCUGCUUGCUGCCCUUAGUGCCUGUGCUCUCCUUUUAGUUGUUGCACCAACUACCCUAAGUAGCAACCUGGGGAUUAAUGAGGUGGCCCCGGGGGUGUAUCUGUAUCAGGCUCUGUUAGUGGAGAUGGCUGCUACAUUCCAGCUAGUGCUGUGUGUCCAGGCUGCCACUCAUCCCAAAUCAGCAUUUUCCUCCAAUGCCCCUGCUGUCAUCGGCCUGUCGGUCACCCUCGGUCAUCUCAUGGCGAUCGGCUUCACCGGCUGUGGAAUGAAUCCUGCCAGGUCAUUUGGUCCAGCUGUGCUAACUAUGAACUUCCACAAUCAUUGGGUGUAUUGGGUUGGGCCUUGCUCUGGCUCUCUCCUGGCCUGGUUUCUGCAUGACCUGCUGCUUCGUCCUCGCUGGAGCUGCUUUGGCGACUGGGUGACUGAAUGCAAAGAGACGCUCCUGAAAGAUCUUUCCAUAAAGCCCAGCGAUCCUGAACCAAAUAUGGAAGCAUAG